AUGCUAUCCGACCGUGUAUGGUGGCGAGGGCCGAACACGUUGGCCCCGGAAGAGGCACAAACCAUGAGAACACAUCAUACCGCCGCCACCGGCAAACCCCGUGCCGAAAUGAACCCACUCGCUCUACUGGAGCAGCAAUGCCUGCAGACUGGCAAAGACAAGGAAUAUCGGCCGGCCGAGGGCGAUAACGCCGGUGACGACAGCCCCGUCGAGGCGCAGGCACCGGACAGCAACUGCGCCGAAAAGCCGCAGGUCGAGGUCUUAGCGCACUUUACGUAUCCUGUCAGGGAGCAACACACUCCCAGCGACGACGAGAGGCGCGGUAGGUGGGAGCAAGCGCCUGUUCAUACGCCGUUAGGGAAGCGUGAACGACGCGCAAGGAGCAGGAGCCGCUCUAGAAGCCGAAGCCGCGAGCAAUGCCGUCAUAGACCACGCGAAAGGCGCGAAAAACGGGAGGAACGUACACAUCGCACGGAAGACAGUAGCGCCAACGACAACGUUGGCAAGGCAGCGGCAGGCAGCGAUCCGCUGCCUCAGACGGCGUCCAUGCAUCAAAUGUCGCCGAUAGAUCGCAUGUUACUCCGCCGCGAGCAGCUGCUGAUGCGGCAGUCGGCGAAGUUCCUCAACGAGGUGAAGCGACAGCAGGACGCAGGGUAG